UAUGCUAAUGGUGAAAUAUCUCUGUUCUCAUGACAUAUGGUCCCCCUGGCCCCUGGGGAGCGCUCGGAGGGGGAGCGCGUGAGCUGACCUGGACACCUGGACUGAGCCUUUGUCAGGGUGAGCAAUCCAGGGCUGUAGAGCCAUCCUGAAAAGAGACAUGUUCUAAGGGCGACAGUGUGGCUAUCCGUAAUGAAAGGGUUAGGAGCCAACCGCAGUCGUCACCUGUCUGACUCCUGUGAGCCCUCAGCAGGCUCCCAGAAGCCCCUCUACCCUCUGACAUCCGACCCCCACGGCUUCCUGCUGAGCCCCACCAUGAACCAUUAUGGCACUCUGGACCCCCACAUGCACCACUUUCCCCCGCCAAACCACUCCUUACCCCCAGACUGCCUGCUGCCCCUCAACCAGAUGUCUAACAGCAGCACCUUCCCCCGCCUGCACUUUAGCUCCCAGGCAGAGCGCGAGCAGGGGGACUGCUCCCAGGGCUGCAUGGUGCCUGGUGGGGCUGGGGCAGGGAGCAGCAGGGCUGGCACUCUGUCCAACUCAAUGUCUAUGGGUAUGGGUCUAGGCCUCGGCCUCAGUGGAGCCCCCAUGAUCACCAGUGGCUCAGCCACCAUCUCCUCUGCAGGCGCAGCCAAGAUGAACCGGCUGCCCUCCAACCUGCUGGACCAGCUGGAGAGACACCUGCCUCUGCAGCGAGACGGCUUCAGCACGCUGCAGUUCCACCGCGGCCGCGUGUCCAAGCAGCGCAGUGAGAGCCCUGGACGCAUACGCCACCUGGUUAACUCUGUUCAGAAGCUUUUUGCCAAAUCCCAGUCUCUGGAGAGCUCGGCGGUCAAAGGCAGCACGAACGGGCGCUCUGCAGGAGGAGGGGUGGGAGGAACGGUGGGGGGUGGGGAGGACGGGACCAGACAGACCCGCAGGAGCAAGAGCAAGGACAGGGCUAAGACUGAGGGGACAAGGCAAAGACCCCGGCCAAAUGCUCUGGGACUAUGGAGCUCUGAUGACACCCUGGACAGUGACACUAUUAAAGCUGGGACUAUUGCCGUGGGCUACCGCAACCCCUUGAGCAUGAUGACUCUGGGCAGGGCAGUGUCGGACAGCCAGGCCCCACCGAGGCAUGUCCCACAAGGAUAUCAUACCAUUUCCGCCCACACCCUCAAGACCUCCAAGAGCAGCAGUGACCUCAAGUACUUAGCCUGUCCCUCUGCGCUGAUGGGCACGCGGGGAGAGGAGGGUGGAGGCAGGGAGGCAACGCUUGUGAAGAGGGGCUCCUGGUCCACGCUCACCCUCAGUCAGGCCAGGCAAGUUAUACAGAAGGGCUCAGCUACAGUCAACAGGACACUGCUGUCCAAGUCCAAAUCAUGUCACCAGGACCUGGCAUGUCAAUACCUCCAGGUGCCGCUGGGGGACUGGAGUGCCACUCUGAGCCGGGGCCGUCCUGGUGGCACCGAGAUCCCCUGUCGGAGGAUGCGCAGCGGCAGCUAUGUGAAGGCCAUGGGGGACCUAGAGGACAGCGAGGACUCGGAGGGCAGCCCCAAACCCUCACCUAAGAGCGCUGCCCGUCGCCAGAGCUACCUGAAGGCUACUCAGCAGUCUCUGAGUGAGCAGCAGCCGCCCCCACCGCCACGAAAGCCCCGUGGCUACGCCCUCAUGCAGAAGGACUUUGGGGUUCUGUGGUCUCCACUGCAGAAUGCAUGCUCAAUGCAGCAUCUGAGCUGUCUCCCAUCCCUGAGAGAGUUGGCCAGCAACCGAAGCCUGGACAACCUGGACUGCCUAGUGACCCCAGGGGAGCCUACUGUGCACCACUGGGACAGAGACUUCAACCAAAGCUUUGUCACACUGGGCAGAGGCAUGGGCUGUGGGCAGGUGUGUGGGCAGGGCUGUGGGCAUGGCAUGCCCUACUGUGAGGUGGAGUCCCAGGCGGUGGAGGCUCUGGACCUGCCCAUGCCCACAUGCUUCCGCUCCCGCAGCCACAGCUACCUGAGGGCCAUCCAGGCUGGCUGCUCCCAGGACGAAGAUACAGCCUCCGCAGACUCAGACUCACCACCGCCCACCACCACAGGCUGCACCUACUCCUCCAGCACCAUCCCAGCGUGUUUCAGCUCCAGUAAGAGGGCCCCUCCCCCGGUCCCCCCACGCACCACCUCCAAGCCCCUGAUCUCCGUGACCUUGCAGAGCAGCACAGAGUCGGCCCAGGACACCUACCUGGACGGACAGGACCGCCGCAGCGAGGCCAACAGCCAGUCAGGACGCAGCAACUCCUCUGACAGCCUGUGUAGUACCCUCGCCACCAGCCUCACAAAGGGCAGUAAACCUCCUGUCCCAGGUGCUGCCCCUGUCCCCACUGCUGUCCCUGUCCCCAUCCCUACCCCUAGAGACCCCCCCUCCCUGAUCAGCCUGCCCCAGAAUGACAGUCUGAGUCCAGGCCUCGCCCUUGGAGAGCCCCAGACUGAGACCGUGCCCAAGAGGAAACUCUCCUCUAUUGGCAUUCAGGUGGACUGCGUUCUGCCAAUCCCAAGAGAAGAUACGCCCCCUUUGACCAAGUUCCAGUCGAUUGGAGUGCAGGUGGAAAACGGCAGGCCACUCAGCCGGGCCAGCAGUAUGGCCUCCAGACAGAACACAGAGACGGAGCCCCAGGAGUCACAAAAUGCCCUAGCUUCAGAAAACAUCACCGCCAACUGUAACAACAGCCAGCCCGCCAAUCCAUUGCCCCCCAAUGGAGAGGACAGCUCCAUGGCUCGGCAGCCCCCCAAACAUGUCCCCAUCCCAGCCCGAGCCGCGUCCUCGCCGCCAGAGACCCUGGAUCCGGCCCUGGACCCCUCCUCCCUGCCGCCGCCAGACCCCAGCCUGGAGAGCGACAACGGGAAGGCCCAGGGAGACUGCGGCACGCCCGGCACGCCCACCUGCCUCAGGGACGGCAACUGGUUCCUGAAGCUCCUGCAAGCGGAGACGGGCCGCAUGGAGGGCUGGUGUCAACAGAUGGAGCAGGAGACCAAAGACAACCAGAUAUCAGAGGAGGUGCUGGGGACCGUCCGCAGUGCAGUGGGCAGUGCCCAGCUCCUCAUAGCCCAGAAGUUCCAGCAGUUUAGAGGACUCUGCAACGAGAACCUGAAUGUGAAUGCCAACCCUCGUCCCACGGCUCAGGACCUGGCCGGCUUCUGGGACCUGCUCCAGCUCACCAUAGAGGACAUCAGCCUGAAGUUUGAUGAGCUCUACCAACUCAAAGUCAACAACUGGCAGCUCCCUGAGAAGCAGGACAAGAAGGAGGAGAGAAAGCAGCUCCCGCCGUCUGUGCCAAAGAAGUCGGCCAAGCCCAAGCUGGCUCCAGGGAAGGACAGGAGCGUAGACUCUGCUGUGGACAAGCAGCGGCAGGAAGCCAGGAAACGCCUGAUGGCAGCCAAGCGCGCCGCGUCGGUAAGACAGAACUCUGCCACGGAGAGUGCCGACAGCAUCGAGAUCUACGUUCCUGAGGCCCAGACCCGGCUCUGAGAGUGGACCAGAAGCGUUCCUAUACCCCACUGCUUAUGAAGGAACAUCCUGUCACACACACACACACACUUUCUCU